AUGUCCAGCAGCCACCGUUCCGAGAAGGACGUGUGCCUGACCCGGUACAGUACUCCUGUUCCCGAGCUGGAUGACCACCGCUUCCAUAUGAACGCCGUGAAUACCCCGCGCAUCGAGGCCCCGCAAGAAGAGCCAUUGAGCCGCCAGAACACCGCUGCUCAGCAAGGACCGAGAGGCGAAUUGAUGCCCGAUCGUCCCGACCUGUUGCAGGUGCAAGAUGCCCUGCGCGAAGGCGCUCCCGUCUUUCGAGACUUUGAACAAGCAGUGAUCGACGACGAUCGCUCGGAGCAUGACGUAGCUGGAAUGGGCCGACGCUUCUCGGUCGAUCCCACGGCGAAUUUCCACACGCCUCGCCGUAUCAGCUGCGCCCAGCAGGAACUGGCAGGAGGGAAUUUGUCCCGCAGUUCUUCUGUCUCGGCGCGUUCGUCUUCGCCGCCCAACUCAGUCGAUGCUUUUGCGGACCCUCGUCGGCGCGAGCGUGCCAACACUUUGGAAAGCCAUGCGCCCCCAGAUCUGGAGGCUUUGCUGCAACGUACUGUUUCGGGAGGCACCCACGCGCGCCGUCCGACUUUCAGCAACGCCAGUGCCAUCCGUCCCCCGCCCGGUGACAUCUCCGUGUGUGCGCCGGAGGAGCCCGGUGUGCCAAUUACCUAUGACGAGCCCGGCCGUAUCCCGGUCAUCGACUAUGAGGAACUGGAGGAGUUUGUGGCUCUGAACCAGCAAACCAAUAUUGCUACGGGCAACAACAAUUGCCGCCGCAAGCAUAGCCUGAGCUCGCAGAGCAAGAAGCCUCGCAUCUUUUACGAUCUGCGUCAGGGUGUGAAGAGUCCUGGUUUGGAGGAAUUCAAGACGGCCGAUUCGGCCGAUUCGUCGGAUACUUGCGAGGUGUGUGAAGAGGUGGAUGAGAAGAGACCCAGCAAUGUACUGGACGAGAAGGAGCUGGUUGAGACCCUGCCCAACAUCAAUGAGCCCAUGCGAUUUGGGUUCUUCUCGUCCGAGUCGCAGACCACCGUGCACGCGGCUGAAUUGGGUGAUUUGGUGCUCCCCGGUGACAGCUUCCGUGACCUGUUCCAGCUGGGCCCCGAGGGUGGUGUGUGGUGGUUGGAUGUGGUCAAUCCUACGGAGGCGGAGCUCGGUGCCAUCUCGCGAGCGUUCUCGAUCCACCCGCUGACCACGGAGGAUAUCCUGACACAGGAGGCGCGCGAGAAGGUGGAACUGUUCAAGCAGUACUACUUUGUCUGUUUCCGCACUUUCUAUCAGAUGGACAAGACUAGCGAGGAGUUCCUGGAACCGGUCAACUUUUACAUGGUGGUGUUCCGGGAUGGAGUGCUGACUUUCUCCUUCGAGGAGAACCCGCACGCCUCCAACGUGCGCAAGCGUAUUGGUAAGCUGCGCGACUACGUCUCGCUCAGUAGCGACUGGAUUUGUUAUGCCAUGAUCGACGACAUUGUCGAUAGUUUCGGUCCCGUUAUUCGGGAUGUCGAGCUCGAGUCCGAGGCGAUCGAAGACCAUGUGUUCAUCGCGCGCGUCGACGACUUUGAGUCCUUCCUGCCACGCAUUGGCGGUCUCCGCAAGAAGGUUAUGAGUCUCAUGCGUCUGCUGGGUGGCAAGGCGGACGUUAUUCGUGGUUUCUCCAAGCGAUGCAACGAGCAGUACUCGGUUACGCCUCGCGGCGACAUCGGACUGUAUCUGGGUGACAUUCAGGAUCACGUGGUGACCAUGAUGUCCAACUUGGCUCAUUUUGAGAAGAUGCUCAGCCGCUCGCACACCAACUACCUGGCUCAGCUGAAUGUGACCAACCUCGUGCUAGGCAACCAUGUCAACAAGGUGCUGAGCAAGGUCACGUUGAUCGCGACUAUCCUAGUCCCGAUGAACUUGAUCUGUGGUCUUUUCGGUAUGAACGUUAAUGUGCCGGGUAAGAACGCCGACGGCCUGGGAUGGUUCUUUGGUAUUCUGGGCGUGAUGGGAGCCAUUGUGGUUUUCAGUAUGUGCCUGGCGAGGUGGCAGAAGCUGGUCUAA